GCUCAGUCAUAGUUGAGUCACAAUCCGAAACGGUAGCGUAAUAAUGAAAAGACCUCCGCCGCAACUAACCACCCGUGUCUAGUAGUGUCCUUUGUGCUUAGAAAGGUAUUUGUCGGUGGUCGCGGUGGUAGUGCCAGAGGAGGGCAAUAGUAUGUACUAGGAAGGACGCCACGACAGAACCGCAUAACGGAAAGGGAUUGUCGAUUAAGAGGAACGGGUAGGAAUGGAAGCACCACGGGUGUGAUGAGCAUAAUAAAAAGUGGAAAAUGAUGUCGGUCGGGUGUGGGCACUGCGACAGCAUUUAGCUGUGUGCUAGUACUUUUGAUGCGCUCGGUGGCAGUGAUAGCAGCAGCGGGUUAUGGUGAUCUUUCUCGUAGUUAGCAGCUAAGUGGCAGUGACGUUGAAAUUUCGGAUUAACACAGUUAAUGCCCGCUUGGAAAACCCGUCCGGAUUAAGCUGAUGGUCAUUUUUGCUGCAGACGUCUGAGAUUGUGAUCGGAUUAUCUACGUCAGUACGAGAUUACCCUGCUGAACGAAGGAUAUAAAUUAGUCCAUGAAUGUUUAAUGUUACAUAAGCUAGAAAGCAUAUUGGAAGUUUGCAAACCAAAGAAAAUUGGAAUAAAAUGUAACGAAGAACCGAGCCUACGAGAAGUUUUGAAAACGUAUGUGCAUCAACCGAACAUGGCCCAUCAAUGAUGGAGAGCGGGUUACUGGAUUACAUUAUAUAAUGAUACCAACUAGUAUUGCAGAGUAGUGUUUGUGAUUGUGAGUCCUUCCGAACAAAGUGGGGGCGUGAGUAUCGAAUGUAUGAAAUUAGCCGAUCAACUCGGUUCGUGACUGACUUCCUAGUAGCACUGGAGCAGUACGCAUCGUGAGUGCACAUCAAUCCGUUCCAUAUACCGGUCUUUGUUCUAUAGUGUACUGUGACGUCUCGCGACAGCGAAAGCAAAAGAACAGCAGCAAAACAAAAUGAAGCUAAUUAUAGUGGACAAGCUUACUUGGGAAGUGUGCUAGUACGGACACGGAAUACGGAAUGUGACAUUAUAAAAUAAAAGCUUUGUUCUGUAAGCGUCAUAAUCGAACUUUGUUGAUUGAAUUGCGCUCGAAAGCAGACGACGAGAACAACGAAGAAAGUGUGCGAUUUUAUAGCCGUAGCUAGUGUUGUUGGACAAUCUGCUUUGCGUGGGAGUUGCGUCUGGUGUGAAAAGUAUCUGCAAUCGAUAACAGAAGGCAAAAAUCGUGAAAUCCUGCCCAGCAGCGUUGUUCACAGUAGACGACAUCGCUCGUGUGUGUGUGUGUGUGCGUCAGUGAGAGAGUUCCCGAAGUGAAUCGAGUGUGUUAUAAUGCUAGACCAACUGGCAAUCAUCUACAUAAAGGCGUCGACAAACGAUCGAUCCCGGAUUGAAUAUCAUGCUCACAGAGCACCUCCACCGACAGCAGCAACCGAAACACGAAGAAGGUGCCGUCACAACACUACGCAAAACACUUGCCAAACAAAGCAGCAAACUAGCACGGAAUCCAUUCUGCUCAUCCCAAGAUAAUUUGGGUGCUUCCGAGUAUCGGAAAGACCGCAGAGUACAUGGGCUUCAGCUUCCCUUGCAUCCUCUCCAGCUAGUCGGUUGGUUUGCGCUGGUUGUUUUCGGUUACUCGACUUUUGCCGUGCUGAUUCCAGCGCUGAAACCAUCGGUGCAGGAACCGCUGUACUAUCUGCUAGCUACGCUCUAUUUGCUACAUCUGGCUUCGCACCUGGCAGCACUGCUACUCGAUCCAGCCGACAUCGAACUGCGACGCAAAAGUACCCGAACUGUUGUGCCCGAGUUUGACCGCAGUAAGCAUUCGCACGUGAUUGAGAACGGACGGUGCCAUCUGUGCAACAUCAAGACAACCAGCCAUCGGACGAAACAUUGCAGUGUCUGUAACAAGUGCGUCGGUACGUUCGAUCAUCAUUGCAAAUGGUUAAAUCACUGUGUUGGUGGUCGAAACUAUGUGGCUUUCCUUAUGUGCGUGGUUAGUGCUGUCAUCGCAGCGUUGGUCAUUUUGGCCGCCGCUGUCCUAGAGAUUGUACUGUAUCACGUGCAACCUGAAUGGUUGAACCUCACCUGGUUCGGUUUUGCGAGUGACACAAACAGCUCCACUAUUGUUGAUUACCCGAGCACGGAUCGGAACAAUGAAACGCUUUCCACCAGUCCGACACUUUGGGAAAAUAUAACUAUCACUGCUCAGGAUUUGUUGCUAAACCAAACAAUCUUCAUCAGUUCCUCGGAGAACACAACGGAAGCCAUCGACUAUGGUACGGAAAAGCCCGUUGAAGCCACUGGAAUCAGCACCAACAAUACGAUAGUUUUGGCUUUCAUAGGAUUUCUCGGGAUCCUCGCAGCUGUAGCAGCAGGUCUCCUCAUACAUCUCUGUUGCUUUCACAUUUACAUUUCAUUUCUUGGUCUCACCACCUACGAGUACAUCCGCAACAGCCGCCAAAAUGUGAUGACCAAUGUACCAACGAAUGCUCAGGUUUCUCAAAACCUCGCGAAUGGCCCUUCGACGACUACAUCAACCACAGCUACCAUUUCCAAGGUAUCAGUACUUACGAACUGCACUAAACCCAAUGACUCCAUACCGGAAGUUUACGUUUGUUCCUCCGUAAACCCACUUAUCCUACCGGUAUCGGGUACCCUGAACGAUCUGAACCGACAGCGACCUCGUACUUUGCAUUGCUGUGAUAACUCGAAGGAAUGUACCAACAACAUUACUUCGGCAGGGCUUCGAAAUCUGGAUACGCUCUCGUUGACGACCGUUGGUACCAGUGCUUCAGCAGGAACCUCCGCGCAUCAAAAGGCAGCUUUCUAUCUGUGCUCGAUGCUGGAAGAGCGUAACGUUGCAGCGGUUACAGGUCAUCCCCGAGAUAAAUGUGAAUCAAGAUCAUUCCACUGUUGUUCCCAGUUUCGACAGACGACAGUCAAUGGGGAAGACUUCGAAACGACGACUACGUCCGAAUCGUACGUCCAGUAUAGCGAACAGUGCACGUUCUGUAGCUUCAAGGUGAAACCCUCCAGGAAUGCGCUGGAUAAGAACGAACAAAUUGCUGCCCUACAGGAGAAACGGUGUUGUGCUAAGUCUCUAACAAAGCAUCACCGGUGGAAGAGGAAAUGGAAUUGUUGCUCCAACGUACCGGACAGCCCAGAUGUUCCCGGUGAUCCACUGAGAUCCAUAUCGGCUGUAGUUCAGCAACAACAGAAACGUAAUGUGCCGCAAUCGUUUCCCACGAUUACCAAUGUGGUAGAACAUAAUCAUUUACAGGAGGAGCAGCAGCAGCAGUUGAAUCAUAACGAACUGACAAAUAAUGAAAAUUGUGCCAAUAACAAUAGGAAUAAUAACUGUGUUAGCAACAAUAACUGUAGCAACAAUAGUACCGUUAGCAGUAUCAGCAAUGGGAAUGAAUAUUUUGAUAAUCUAACGUCGGUUGGAGAGCAUAACGCUAUCAACAAUAACAAUAUCAUCUACACUAGCACCAGCUCGACUAGUAGCGACAACAACAAUCGAAUCCUAAACGACGCUAACGGCAAUGAUGUAACGCUACUGUCCAACAGCGCCUCCCCGGUACCCAAACGUCCUAGAGCCCGAUCGGUGCGUCCUUGGCCAGUAGUUCGUCUCCGUCAUAUGAUCAGAAUGAUAGAUCGUUACCGUAGACCACGUUGCCGACCGGGAGCUCCCUUGGCUGCGGCAAACAUCAAGCAAAACCAGGUGCGACCUUUGUCAACAACCGAGUGUUCAUCCGCUGUUGUCAACUGCGGACAAGGAUCAACCUCAAUUCUAAAUCACGGAGUGAUCCUUCCCACAUCGGCAAUCCGCAACGAAGCACCCCCGACGAUGCCAGCCUUGCCGCACCCCGCCCGACGUAAGCUCAAAAAUACCACCGAUGAUCUACGCGAUCUUGCCGAUACGCUCGCUUUCGUACAGCAACAGCAGCAGCAGCAAUUUAACUCUCAUAAUCAACUUCAACCGACGACGGUUCGAAUACCGGUCCACCCGUCGUACCGUCGCAGUCGACGGAAGAACCUAAUACGUAAUCGCAGCCCUACGCUGUCACCGAUCCACGAAUCCGGCCUAUCCAAUCCAGCUUCGCCGAAGCCAUGUCGGCACUCGUGCUCUGCCAGUAUUUCUUCGCUGACUUCCGGUGCGGUGGCAGUGAAUGUGUGCGGUUCCGGCAGCGUUGGUGGCGGAACCCGCGGAUCUCCUGUAGAUAGAUAUGCUUGAAUAACAGUGAACAUUGUGUCGGCGUUUCCGUACUGUAUCCACGUAUACUCGCUUCAUCUUGUGUCAUACACUUGAACCGGAUUUUCUUCUACCUUCCCACUAUCUCUUUCUCUCGAUGUGUGCGUAUUCUCGUGACACAAACCAUGUGUUAAUAUGUUAAUAUGAAGUCGUGUUACAAGUUUUAGCUAAAAAGGAACAAAUGUAUAGUGAAAACAAAUAUUUGUAAAACAACGAAAUUGAAAUUUCUAAACACGUUUAAAGUGGAGUAAUGAUCAAACGUUCAAAUUGUUUACUUUUUUUGGGAAAAGCGAGUAUUUUUUGUAAGAAUUUGAAGCCCGUUGAUAACGAGGAGAAACCAAUAUCUAAACUAAUGUUAGUUAAACAAAUAAGUGAUUGUGAGACACAAUUCCUCGAGGAUUAAAAAAACGCGAGAAGUUCGUCCGAUAUAUUAUCAUGAUAAAUAUAUUUGUUUUAUAAAGCAGAAGAGAGGUUUUAAACGAGAAAAGAUAUAGUAAUAAAAUAUUUGUUUCAAGAAAAA